AUGGAGGAUGAUAGCAACGCGCUUAUUCUUCCCUGCAAGAGGAAGAACAAAGUACAAGGGAUAGGCAAGGAUGGCAAGAAAAGCAAGAGCAAGGAAGACCCAAAGAUGAGCAAGACUCAGCUAAAAAAAAUGCAGAAAUUGGAGGAGGAAAAGCAAAAGAAGGCACUGCAAGCAAAAAGCAUCGAAUUUUUGCAGAAGCACAUGAUUGCUGAUGAUGUAUUUUCACUGCUGGAUACUACGUGCUCUAUUGGAAAAGCUGCGACUAUGAAAGAAAAAUUUAGGCGUGCCGCGCAGUUCUCCAAGCAUGGUUUAGAUGUUCCUGAAGAACUUUCACUAUUCAAGAAAAACUGUGGUCGGAAAGGAGUUCCUGGAGACAAUGAAGCUGUGCCAGAAGUUUCCCCGGUGAAGUUUAUUAAGGCAGCAAAACUUGAUCAUCCUGGCAGUGAACGAAAGAAUCAUGAGAAAGAUUCGAUGAAACCUAUGAUGGAUCUUGGCGUGAGCAUUCUGGAACAAAAAACUGAAGGGACUAAUGACGAUGCUGGCAUUUCGGUACGCCAGAUCAUUCUGGGACAAAAAACUGAGGAGACUAAUGAUGAUGCUGACAUUUUGGCACAUCAGCCGAUUCAGUCAUCCGUGCAAAAUUGCUCUGCCGCAGAGAUAGAUUUGCAGGAUAAAGAGCUACAACAAAGUGAAACUGCUUUACAAGAAUGCUUCAAUCCUCCAAUUGUGGUGCCUGUCUCAAGACCACAGGAGGUUGAGAAGGCGAGGAGGGAUCUCCCAAUAAUAAUGAUGGAGCAGGAAAUAAUGGAAGCUAUCUACGAAAAUUCUGUGGUAAUUCUAUGUGGAGAAACAGGCUGUGGUAAAACUACUCAGGUCCCUCAGUUCUUAUAUGAAGCCGGCUUUGGCACAAGCAAUCGAGCUGGUAGAAAAGGGAUGAUUGGUAUCACCCAACCACGACGUGUUGCUGUUCUUGCCACAUCCAAGAGGGUGUCUUAUGAGUUAGGACUUAAGCUAGGAAAGGAGGUCGGUUUUCAAGUUAGGCAUGAUAAAGAAGUUGGAAGUAAAUGCUCCAUCAAGUUUAUGACAGAUGGCAUUUUGCUGCGAGAGAUCCAGAGUGACAUUCUGUUGAAGCACUAUUCCGUGAUCAUCUUGGAUGAGGCACAUGAAAGGAGUUUGAACACAGAUAUACUUAUUGGGAUGCUUUGUAGAAUUACAAAGCUUCGCAAGGAUACAUACGCAGAUCAACAGAAAAAAAUACGCUCUGGAAAGAACAUUAAGCCAGAAGAUAUGAUUAGUCAGCUGAAAGUGGUGCUGAUGAGUGCUACCUUGCAGUUAAAGGAAUUUAUUUCAAACAGAAGAUUGUUUGAUGUGAUUCCACCAACUGUAGAGGUACCUGCACGGCAAUUUCCAGUAACAAUUCACUUCACGAAGAGGACACAUGAUGAUUAUUUAGCACAGGCUUAUAAAAAGGUUCUGUCAAUCCACAAGAGUCUACCACCAGGUGGAAUCCUUGUAUUUGUUACUGGACAACGAGAAGUUGAUUAUUUAUGUAAGAAACUGCAAAGAGCAUCCAAACGGCAAAUUGGUAAGAAGCCUGAAAGGGUUGGAGAUGAGUGUGGUUCAAGACCAGAAAUAGAUGAGAAGGAAAUUUUUGAAGCAUAUGAUAUUGAUAGAACUGAAGCUGAGCACCAAGAGGACAUGUUUUCCUCAUAUGGUCAAGAUGAAAUGGAUGAUGGACUAAAUGUUGAUUCUUCUGAUGCUGAAACAGAGAGUGAGACUGAUACUGACAGCGAUGAGGAUUCCGCUGCACAUGAAACCACAGAAGAUGGACCAGUGUUAUCAUUUUUGAAACAUGCUGAGAGUUUAUCUGUACUGAAGGCAUCCUUUAAAGGUAUAUCAGGGAUAUCAGGAGAAUCGGAAGCUGCUGAGGAAUCGAGCAAUGUGACAAUUGCGGAAAAGUCAAACCCUUUUAAUCCUUCUUUCAGUAAACUUACAGAACCUACAUCUGUUUCACACCGUAGGCUUCGUGUUUUACCACUUUAUGCAAUGCAACCAGCUUCGCAGCAGCUUAGAGUGUUCCGCGAUAUUCCUGAAGGGGAAAGAUUAGUUGUUGUGGCAACUAAUGUUGCAGAAACCUCUUUAACAAUUCCUGGUAUAACAUAUGUGGUCGAUACUGGAAAAGAAAAGGUUAAGAACUAUGAUCAUGCUACGGGGAUGGCAAGUUAUGAAGUCCAGUGGAUAAGCAAGGCGUCAGCAUCCCAACGUGCUGGGAGAGCUGGAAGAACUGGGCCUGGGCACUGUUACCGUCUCUACUCAGGUGCAGCAUAUGGUAAAGAUGGUUUAUUUCCUGAGUUCUCUGAGCCAGAGAUCAAGAAAAUGCCAGUUGAUAGCCUUGUGCUUAUGCUCAAGUUUAUGAAAAUUGAUAAGGUUGAAAACUUUCCUUUCCCUACGCCUCCUAACGAUGAAAGUUUGGUUGAAGCUAAGCGUUGCUUGAAGACAUUAGAAGCACUUGACAGCAAAGAAAAACUUACAUCAAUGGGAAAGGCUAUGGCGCAAUACCCCAUGAGCCCACGACAUUCGCGUCUUCUUCUGACAAUAAUUAAAAUUUUGAAGAGCCAGCAAGGCUAUGCCAGAUCUAACUUCAUACUGGGAUAUGCAACUGCUGCUGCAUCAGCUUUGAGUUAUGCAAAUCCUUUUCUCAUUCAGGUAGACACUAGUAGAGAAUCAAACCAGGAUGGCCCUGAUCCAGAACGUAAGGAUCAAGAUGAAAGAAAGAGACAGAAGAAGCUCAAGGCCAUGGUUCGAGAGGCACGCAAAGAUUUUUCCAUCCCUAGUAGUGAUGCUUUAACCAUUUCCCAUGCUUUGCGGUCAUUUGAGUGUUCAAGGAACCCAGUGGAAUUCUGCAGAGAAUACUCACUUCACCUCAAAACAAUGGAAGAGAUGUCAAAAUUGAGAAAGCAGCUUCUUCGAUUAAUAUUUCACAAUAGCAAAUUUUGUGAUGAAUUUGCUUGGAAUUAUGGAGGUUCUGAGGAUGUUGAACAGGCCUGGAGGAGUGAAACCGACAAAAAACCAAUGCUGAAUGAAGAGGAACUUCUGGGGCAAGGAAUAUGUGCUGGGUGGGCCGAUAGGGUUGCAAAGAAGAUUAACACUUUUUCUGGAUUGUCGAAAGAGGACCGAAAGGUUCGAGCUGGACGUUAUCAAUCUUGCAUCCUCGAUGAUACAAUAUAUCUCCACCGAUCAUCUUCUGUUGCCCAAACUCCACCAGAGUUUGUAGUUUACUCGGAACUACUAAAUACAAAGAGAUCGUACAUGCAUGGUGUGACCAGUGUAAAGCCUGGAUGGCUUUUCAAAUAUGCUAGUUCUCUCUGCACCUUCUCAGCGCCACUGGAAGAUCCAAAACCCUAUUACGAGCCUCAGAAUGACCAGGUGUACUGUUAUGUUAGUCCCAUCUUUUCUAGACAUAAUUGGCAGCUUCCGCUGCACAGUUUACCCAUCGAAGACCCCACCAGGCGGUUGCAGGUAUUUGCAUGGGCUUUGCUGAAAGGGGAUGUCUUGCCAUGUCUAAGGAUGGUUCAAAAGUUCCUGGCUCUGUCACCAUCUGCUGUCCUUGGGCCUGCCAGCCAAAGAAGAGUUGGAGAUCUUCUUAACAGGAUGAAGAUUGGUGGAAAAUUAAAAGACAGCCGGAGAGCAUUAAGAGAUGCAUGGAGUAGUGAUCCAGAUUUUCUUUAUCCUGAGAUUCAGGCAUGGAUACAGGAUAAAUAUCAGAGCCAGUUUGAAGCAAUAUGGGAACAAAUGCACCAAGAAGUUCGGCUUGAGGGACACCAACUUUUCCCAAAGAGGUUCAAGAAAGUUGAGGGGUAG